AUGGUGUGCCAAGAUGUGGAUGAAUGUUCCCAGAGCCCCAAUCCUUGUGGUCUCAAUACCAAUUGCACCAACACCAUUGGAAGAUACAAAUGCAGCUGUUUGCCUGGAUUCUCUUCUCCCAGUGGAGAUGCUUGGCUCCCUGGUGCGACAGGAUCCUUCCAAUGUACAGAUGUUGAUGAGUGCCUCAAUGAAACAGCCUGCCCUCAGAAUUAUGCCUGCUGGAACACUCCAGGGAGUUAUAACUGUACCUGCAAUGAUGGUUUCACCUUUAGGAACUCUCAAUGUGAAGACGUGGAUGAAUGUUUGGACCCCACAGCUUGUCCAGCACAUGCUACCUGUACCAAUGUGCCAGGAAGCUAUUUUUGCACCUGCAAUCGUGGAUAUAAGUCGAACAACGGUGAAGUGAAUUUCGGAGGUCAAGAAACACAGUGCAAAAGGGUUCCUAUCAUGUGUAAAGCAGACUUGGUGGACCAGGAACAAGUGAAGUAUUGUCAGAGCAAUUCAACUCACCCUGUGCUCCCCAAAUACAUUCCUUUCUGCAUGCUAAUGAACUCCACCUUCAGUGUUCUGGAAGAUACUUGUGAGAAUAAGACCAUCACUGUGUCUCUACAAAAAGCUGCUGGAAACUUUUCGUCUGUCCUCAAAGAGACAUCCACUUGGCGCAAACUGAGCCAGGAGGAGACCUCAACCGUGGCAACAGUUUUUCUGGACAGUGUGGAGAGUGCUACACUGGCAGCUUUGGUCAGUCCCUCUGGAAAAAUGAAUCAGACAGUGACUACCAAAUAUCUAGAGAUUAGGAGCAAAGUCAUCCAAGAAGACUUCCUGGUGGAAAAUGUAGCCUUGACCUUUUCAGUCAAAGGAGAUUCAAUGAAGAUUGAGUCCAGCACCAUAAAGGAAUCUGUAUCCUCAGGCACAUUAUCAGAUGUCAAGGGAGUAGCUUUUGUAUCUUUCCUGGGCAUGGAGUCUGUUUUGAAUGAAACCUUCUUCUACAAUCCAGAGGCUAACUUGUUCAGAACUUCUCAGAAACUCUGGAUAAAUUCUCGAGUUGUAGGGGGGAUCAUCACUGGAUCCAAGAAAGAUAACUUGUCCAAUCCAAUCUUCUAUACAUUGGAGAACAUCCAGCCAAAGAAGAGGUCGGACACAAGCAUCUGCGUCUCCUGGGACCCAGAAAUUAAGGGUGGACGGUGGACGCCCACAGGCUGUAUGAUGUUAGACUCCACUGAGACACAUACCACGUGCAGUUGCAAUCGCUUGGCUAACAUGGCUAUUAUCAUGGCAUCUGGGAAGAUCACGAUGGAUUUUGCCUUGUCUCUGAUAAGCCACGUGGGGAUGAUUCUCUCACUGCUGUGUCUUGCCAUGGCCAUCGUCACUUUUCUACUGUGCCGUUCCAUCCAGAAUCGCAACACCACCCUCCACCUGCACUUGUGUGUCUGCCUCUUCCUGGCCAAGCUCCUCUUCCUCAUAGGAGCAGAUAAGACAGAGAACAAGACAGUGUGUGCGGUCAUUGCUGGCCUGCUGCACUACCUCUUCCUGGCCUGCUUUGCCUGGAUGCUGGUGGAGGCUAUGAUGCUCUUCCUAAUGGUCAGGAACCUCAAGGUUGUGAACUACUUUAGUUCCCGCAAUAUCAAGAUGCCCUAUCUCUGUGCCUUUGGCUACGGUCUUCCAGGGCUGAUUGUGGCUGUGGCUGCCGGGACCCAGUGGGAAGGCUACGGGAUGCAUAACCGCUGCUGGCUGAACACAGACACAGGGUUCAUCUGGAGUUUCCUGGGACCUGUUUGCAUAAUAAUAAUGAUUAAUUCAGUCCUCCUGACGUGGACCCUUUGGAUCCUGAGAAAGAAGUUGUCUAGUGUUAAUGCUGAAGUAUCAACCCUCAAAGACAAUAGGUUACUAACAUUUAAAGCCUUUGUUCAACUCUUCAUCCUGGGAUGCUCCUGGAUUCUGGGAAUUUUUCAAAUUGGUCCCAUAGCAACUAUCAUGGCUUACUUAUUUACCAUCAUCAAUAGCUUGCAAGGAACCUUCAUUUUCAUCAUCCAUUGUAUCCUUAAUCGCCAGGUACGAGAAGAAUAUAAGAGAUGUUUCUUAGGGAAGACCAAAUCCAGCGCUAUUUCUCAGACCUCAGGAAUCUUGUUGUCCUCAGUUCCUUCCACUUCCAAAAUGGGUUGAAGUCUCUUUUAGCUCCUGAAGACAUCAUAGAACAAUGGUGGAAAGUGUCAGGAAAGACAAGCUCACUGGGAUUCUCUUGUAAACUAGCCAAUGGUGUGUCAAAUGUAUGGAAGAUACCCAAAUCACCUGUCUCUCUGCCCAUUUUGAAAUGAUGACUUCUGCUCCAAAAAUCCAAGCCUGCAGGGAAAAUCCUUUGUCCUUUGUGGGAGUAGAGGCCAUAUUUCCUGAGUUUUGUCAAUUCUGUUAAUAAAUAUUAUUUCUAUUUCUUAAUUUUUAAAUUUUUUGUGAGA